AUCAGUGUGAAAUGGGUGUGAGGAUGUGGAAUAAUUUAUAACUCAUAUACACAAACAAAUCAGAUAACGGAGAAGAAGAGAGAGAGGGAGAGAGAAGGAGAGAGAGAGAGAGAGAGAGACAGAGGAAAAAGGAUCCUGGAUCUGUCGUCAGAGAAAGACGGGAGAGGAAAGCGCAGGAUGCUUUGCCUGUAAUCAUCAGCACCAUCAGCGUAAUAAUAAGCCCAAUGUGACCUUCAUCUGAGUGGAGUGUCUCUAUUCAACAUUCACGAAGAAGGGAGAAGCAAAAAAAAAAAAAAAAACUGAAAGGGAGAUUAAGAAGAAAGCACAGAGACGCACGGGGGAGGAGAAGAAAAACAACAGGCUGCCAGGAGCCCUGCCGCUGUCUCCAGUUCCUCUGAUCACCUGAUCGAUCCAUCGAUCCAACGCUUAACGCCGGUCCGAAUGGGUGCUGAAAUGGGAGCCAUUGGUGGCAAGAAGGUUUUGCUCCUGGUGUUUCUGUUUGGAUGGGAGAAGUCGCUUGGCCUCAACUGGAACCCGAUCCCACGCAAGACUGUUCGAUACCAGGAUGUGUUGGACAGCAUGGCGAGGUUCAGCGUUCAGGGAGUUUUCAACUACAGCAUGCUGACUCUGUCCGACCACGAGAGAGUUUUGUACAUCGGAGCACGGGAGGCACUGUUCGCCCUGGACCCCAACGACAUUAGCAGACAGUUACGGCCACAGAUCGAGUGGCCAGCUCCGCAGGACAAGAAGAGGGAGUGUGUUGCCAAGGGGAAGAACAACCAGACUGAGUGCUUCAACUACAUCCGUUUCCUGCAGAGCUACAACCACACGCAUCUUUACACCUGCGGCACCUAUGCCUUCCAGCCCAAAUGCACCUACGUGAAUGCAGAGUCUUUCACCCUGGACGUUGCCCUGGAAGAUGGGAAGGGCAAAUGCCCAUAUGACCCUGCCAAGGGUCACACUGGCCUCAUAGUGGAUAAGGAGCUCUACUCAGCAACGCUCAACAACUUCCUGGGUACAGAGCCGGUCAUUCUGAGGAACCUGGGCCAACAGCACUACAGCAUGAAGAGCGAAUACUUGCCUGCUUGGCUCAAUGAGCCGGACUUUGUGGGUUCAGCCCUGGUGAGGGAGAGCAGCGGCAGCAAGGAGGGGGAUGACGACAAGAUCUACUUCUUCUUCAGCGAGCGAGCAUUGGAGCUGGACUGUGACAAUGAACCCAUUGUGGCCCGAGUGGCCCGCGUCUGCAAGGGUGAUCUGGGCGGUACGCGGACGUUGCAGAAGAAGUGGACCACCUUCCAGAAAGCGCGGCUGGAGUGCUCCCUCCCCGAGCGCCACGUCUCCUUCAAUGACCUCAGAGCCGUCUUCACUCUCCCUGGGCAGGACUGGCGGGGGACCACUUUCUACGGCAUCUUCCACGCUCAGUGGGGGGAUGUGGACGUGUCGGCGGUGUGCCAGUACCAGAUUGGUGACGUGAAGAAGGUGUUUGAAGGAUCAUACAAGGAGUACAGGGAGGCAUCCCAGAAGUGGGGACGCUACAGCAGCACCGUCCCCUUCCCACGGCCUGGAUCGUGUAUAACCAAUUCAGACAGAGAGAACAGCUACAACAGCUCUCUGCAGCUACCUGACGCCACACUCAACUUUGCCAAGAAGCACCCACUGAUGGAGGACAAAGCUCUUGCUCGCCCCCUGCUGCUCACCAAGGGCGUAAACUUCACCAGGCUGGCGGUGGAUCGGGUUAAUGGCCUGGACCAGCGGGGAUACCACAUGCUGUUCAUCGGCACAGCGGAGGGCUGGUUGCAAAGGGUGGUGAUCCUGGGCUCCGAGGCCCACGUGAUAGAAGAGAUCCAGCUGUUUGAGACGGCCCAGCCGGUGGACAGCUUGACCAUCUCCCACUCCAAGAAGUAUUUGUACAUCGGCUCUCGUUCGGAGGUUCUCCAGCUGCCCUUGGCCAACUGCAGCCGCUAUCAGUCUCAGCCAGACUGUCUGCUAGCCCGGGACCCAUACUGCGCUUGGGACAGCGAGGGUCGGGCCUGCGUCCGCAUCGACCUCCACCGCGGGUCCACCGCCUCCCUGUCACAGGAUCUCAUGCUGGAAAGGUUCAGCCAGGGAAAAGCCAAGUUCGAUAAGCCCAUCUCCAUCCCCAGCCCUGAGCACUCUCGUAUUCGGAACAUAACAGUGAUGGUGGGGUCGGACAUGGUGCUUCCUUGCCAGCUGGUCUCUAACCUGGCACAGCCCUGUUGGUUCCUCAACGACCGUGAGCUCCAGCUGGGUGACCCCGAGGCAGAAGGGCCACGGUUUGACCGGACCCUCAAGGCCCUAGUCAUCCCCAGCGCUGGUCAGAUGCAGGCUGGCCGCUACAUCUGCUACUCAGAGGAGCAAGGAGUCAAGUUUCAGACGGAGCGCUACCAGGUGGCGGUUGUAGCCAGUCCUCCAAUCGUCAUGGAGGCCCGGGCUCCAGACAGCAGCAUGGGUCUCUUCUGGGUGCUGGUUAUCACCCUUGGUGCAGCGUGCCUAAUGCUCUUGGUGGCGGCUCUUUACCUGCGCAGGAGGCUGAAAUUGGCACUUGGAAAAGGAGCUGACAUGAAACCUCUGGAGAGCACGCUGGUCUACCCCAUCACCCUUCCCAAGGAGCCACCCACCUUUGUCCCCAGCAAAAUGCCCAGCGACGAGGACCGUUUCUGGGAGACGGGUGCCAAUUAUUACUACUCAGACGGCUCGCUGAAGAUCGUUCCCGGUCACGCCCUGGGCCCAAACAGCGUCAGCAGCACGGCGUCACCCAGCGCCAUUCCCGGCCAGCCCAUCCACUCCCCCAGCCGUCUCAGCCUCACCAAUAUCAGAGGCUCAGGUAGCAACGGCUACAUCCGCCUCAACCUGAGCACAGCAGGGGAGGAGAGGGCUAGCGGGGCUGGUGCUGGGGGCGGCGGGCUGGGAGGCCUGGGCAUGGGCGGGAACGAUUACGCCAGCCCCUUCAAGGAAGAGCUGAGACGCACCCUGCAGCAGAGGAGCGUGCUGCCUGACGCAAACCCUGAGGAGUCGUCCGUCUAGGCCCGUCCUCCUCCGUCUCCAUUCCCUGAGUUGGAAAAACAGAACAACCAACCUACCUCCCUCCUUUUGAGAAUGCUCUCUCUCUCUCUUACAGUGACAUGCUGUCAAUUCCCCCAUGCUCUCUCUCGCUCUGCCAAUGCCUGUUCGGCUCACUGUAGACAUU